UCCGCUUGCUAAAGUUGUCCGACUCCAUGUUAGCAGCAACACGGACAGUAGCGUGCUCGUUACAGCAAGCCAAAKAUUUGAUGGAAAGUGGAGAUUUAACGGGAGCAUAAAGCAUGUCAGGUGAUUUAAUUCAAAGGAUAAAGCUCUUGGAAGAUGAACUGGAAAAGCUCMGGUCCCAGCUGAAGGAAAGUGCUSGAGGAGACAUGGGAAUAAAUUCCUGUUCACCCCCAAGUGAAAGCUCAGACUUCAUGAUGUCUGAUGGGAACACAAGAAGCAACAAGAAGAAGUCAGGCAAGGAGCGCCCCUUUGACUUUCACUCACACCCCCGGCGCCAUGUGGCUCUGAAGCUGGCUUACCUGGGCUGGGCCUACCAGGGCUUCGCUGUUCAGGAGAACACGGACAACACGGUGGAGGCCAGGCUGUUUGAAGCGCUGCUGAAGACACGGCUGAUUCAGGACCGACAGAGCUCCAACUAUCACCGCUGUGGUCGAACUGAYAAAGGAGUCAGUGCUUUUUCUCAAGUUAUAACCAUUGAYCUGCGCUCCUCCCAGUUUUGUGGAGGACUUGGCGUCACCCUCCCUGAAAAUCUCGAUCUCKGCACCAAAUCGAAAGYUUCCACCUCUGAGCUUCCGUACGUGAAGAUGCUGAACAGGGUUUUGCCGCAGGACAUUCGGAUCUUGGACUGGGCAGCCGCAGAGCAAGGUUUCAGUGCGCGUUUCGACUGCCAGUCCCGCACGUACCGCUACUACUUCCCCCGAGGGUCGUUGGAUGUAGAGCUCAUGGCAGACGCUGCGAAAAGAUAUGAAGGGACGCACGACUUUCGCAACCUGUGCAAAAUGGACGUGGGGAACGGGGUCCUGCAGUUUGAGAGGACCAUCUUGUCGGCCUCAGUCAGGCCUUUGCAGCCCCAGCAGGUUUCCAGCGCAGAGCGAUAUGAUCUGUUUGUGUUUGAGAUCAAAGGAUUAGCCUUCCUUUACCACCAGGUUCGUUGCAUGAUGGCGGUGCUUCUUUUGAUAGGACAGAAGCUGGAAGCUCCGGAGAUAAUCAAUCAACUCCUGGAUGUUGAGAAAAACCCCAGAAAGCCUCAAUACAGCAUGGCAGUGGACUACCCUCUGGUUCUGUACGACUGCCACUUC